AUGACAGAAUUCCUGGAUAUCAAGUUCGAGCUCAUCAACGCCACCUAUGAGUCACGACAGCAACUAAUUCCUAUCAUGUAUUCGAACUUCAACAUCACCAAAAACGACUCUUCAGUCAACAUUGAGGUCGUACUCCCCAACGCGAAUCCCCGGAUGUUCAUCAUGGUCUACCAGCCACGACUUCCUACACUGACCAACUACAGUCGUUUCACUUUCAUUAAGGACCUUCCUGUAGUCAACGGCACCUACGACUGGUUCUUCACCUCGGCCGACCUCAACGGAACCGGCCGCUACUUCGUGGGCAUCGGGGAGUUCAAGCCUGGCUUCGACCUGAGCAAGAUGAACGACCCGGUGAAGAAUAACGUGGGCGUGAAGGACCUGGUCAACGUGUCCAUGAACUACUACCUCCGGGUCUUCACUUCGGGUUGUUAUUUCUUCGAGGACCAGCAAGAGGAAUGGAAAGGACAAGGGAUGUCGGUAGGUCCUGGUGGUUCUGGCGGCGAGAGGCCUGUCUUGCUACUUGGAUUUUUAGGGAUGUUUUUGGUUGUAUUUUUAGGAGACACCUUAGAAUCCACACCUAACUACUGA